AUGUCUCCAUUUGGAGACCAGAAGUCUGAGACAAUGUCUGGAACUCAGACCUGGUGGACAGUUUUGGGAAGUAGCCAGUUCCACACUGAGAGUGACAAAUCUGGUGUCAGUUGUCUCAGUGAUGUGGACCUGGUGAUUGGUGUCUGCCAGGGUCCCUUGUGGAAGGCCGAGGACCAGGAAAGACUGGUGGCCACGGCCCUGGAGCGCUGCAGAGGCGUUGACUUCCUGAUGUGCAAUGCUGCUGUCAACCCUCUGGUGGGGAGCACCCUAGGGGCCAGUGAGCAGGUGUGGGACAAGAUCCUGAGCGUGAACGUGAAGUCCCCAGCUCUGCUCCUGAGCCUGCUGCUGCCCCACACGGAGCGGAGGGGGAGCGCUGCUGUCGUCCUGGUCUCUUCCAUUUCGGCAUACAUGCCUCAAGUGGAGCUGGGAGCCUACAACAUCAGCAAGACUGCCCUGCUGGGCCUCACCAGGACCCUGGCAUUGGAGCUGGCCCCCAGGGACAUCCGGGUGAACUGCCUCAUCCCAGGGCUGAUUGAGACGGACUUCAGCAAAGUGUUACACAAAAACAAGGCUUUCUGGAACCUCUUUAAGGAAAACCAGAAGCUGCAGAGGAUCGGGCAGCCAGAGGACUGCGCGGGACUUGUGGCUUUCCUGUGUUCCCCGGAUGCCAGCUACAUCACCGGCGAGAGCAUCGUGGUGGCUGGCUUCUCCCCUCGGCUCUGAGGGGCUGGGAGCGGCUGUGCCACCAUGGGCCUGGGCUUGGGAUGGUGGCAACCGUGGUUAUUUGUGGGCUCACUUGUCCCAGGCUUGAGGA